GAGGAAGUGCUGUUGGUUAUUUUAAAAAGGGCUGUUAUGAUUUGCAGCAUGGGGAGGAGGCAGAGAGAUAAACAGAGACCUCUCUCUCCAAACUAGGACCGAAUCUCUACAGGGCUGGCAGCCUCUCCUCUUCCUGCAGCUGCUGCCCAGGAUCUUCUUUACCUGCAAGAAUUCUCACUUCAGCUGCGGAUCAGUGUUGCAAGUUGCUUAGUGACCUUCUGGUAACAAGUGACUAACAAAUCUAAUAAAUCAACAUCAUCAUCCAAAAUAUCUGGAGGCCACCAGGUUGGGGAAGGCUACUAUAGUAGGUGCAUAAGCGGAGUAGUCAAACAGGACCACAUGGCUUCCCUUCCUGUCUUAUGUCAGGAAAGUCACCUUAAACCACCAAUGCCUCUGAAAGGUCUUUUGAGUGUCAGAGCCCCCAUUCGCUAUGGAAUCCUUUUUCAAAAGGCACUUCAGGAAGAAGACUGUGUCACCAGGGCCCCAGCGCACCAAUGUGGUGGCCCUGCCUGCCAGCAAAGCAAGGCGGCGCUCUGUGGUGGGCCAGGCCUCUGCCUCACUAGUACAACACCGUCGCAGAUCCAGUGCUCAACUGCAAGGGCUGUCCUGUUUGGGCUCCCGGCGCAGGCAUAGGUUAAGUUCCCGGAGGCGAUCCAGCACCACUACCCCUUGCCUGAGCCCUAGGUUUUCUGUCCAGAAGAAGCGUGGGGGGCGAGUACGCACCAUAGAUACUCAUCUCAUAGGGCCCUCCUUGCUGCUGGCCAGCCUCAUCCAAGUGUAUGAGGAAGAGGGAAGGAGGCAGUCGCCUUACACUGAGAGCUCCAGCUCAGAAUCCCCUAAGGAGGGUCUAGAGGAGAGUGAUUGGAGUGAGGAAACUGUCUCUUCAGGCUCUGAAGAAUCUGGCCUCAGAGCACAGCAGGAGAGGAAGGAGCUGCAAACUGAGCUUUCAGUGUGUCCCGGUUUUGCUGUGCAGCAUCCUGCUGACUUGAGGCUUCUCCUGCGAGACCCUCAUUAUCUGCGCCGCAGGUCCUCCCACCUCCUACCUGCUGAGUUUGUGAACAGCAGAGCAGCCUAUGGGCUUCAAGGCCGCUACAGAUGCUUCAGCCAGCAGCGGUACUCAAGUGAGACCGCCAAGCCAGGUGCUUUGCUCCAGCCAUGCAGGACGCGGAGGGCUGCCAGGAGGUGGAAGGUGCCUGCUGGAACCAGUUGGCUGUUGCUGACCACACAUAGAUGCCUGGGAAUGGAUUCUGCCCACAGUGGCUGUGGCAGCGACUCCUCUGAAGGCUGCAGUGCCCUCCUGCCAAAAGCUAUUGCCAAGUCUGGUCUCCAGCACAUGGUAUCCCAGCCAACCCCCGCAUUAGCCUUGAGAAGUGACUCAGAGAGGGAAAUUCGCAGUACUGUUGACUGGAGCGAAACUGCAGUUUAUGGGGAGCACAUCUGGUUUGAAACCAAUGUCUCUGGGGACUUCUGCUAUGUGGGGGAACAAAACUGUGUUGCAAAAAUGCUGCAAAAACCUCUGUCCAAGCGCAAGUGUGCAGCCUGCAAGAUUGUAGUCCACACACCCUGUAUAGAACAGCUAGAGAAAAUAAAUUUCCGAUGCAAGCCUUCCUUCAGGGAAUCUGGAUCAAGGAAUGUCCGAGAGCCUACAAUUGUGCGGCAUCAUUGGGUGCACCGGAGACGCCAGGAAGGGAAAUGCCGACAAUGUGGAAAGGGUUUCCAGCAGAAGUUCGCCUUUCACAGCAAGGAGAUUAUAGCCAUCAGCUGUUCCUGGUGUAAGCAAGCAUAUCACAGUAAAGUUUCAUGUUUCAUGCUUCAGCACAUUGAGGAGCCCUGCUCACUAGGGGCACAUGCUGCUGUUGUCAUUCCCCCCACCUGGAUUCUACGGGUCCGGCAUCCCCAAAACCCACUAAAGUCAAGUAAGAAGAAAAAGAGGACAUCAUUCAGAAGGAAAUCCAGCAAGAAGGGUCCUGAGGAAGGGCGAUGGAAACCCUUCGUCAUCAAGCCUGUCCCAGCACCUCUCAUGAAGCCACUGCUUGUGUUUGUGAAUCCCAAAAGUGGUGGGAAUCAGGGAACAAAGAUAAUCCAGUCAUUUAUGUGGUACCUCAACCCUCGACAAGUUUUUGACCUCAGCCAGGGAGGCCCCAAAGAAGCGUUGGAGAUGUAUCGUAAAGUGCACAACCUACGGAUUCUGGCAUGUGGGGGAGAUGGUACGGUGGGAUGGAUCCUCUCCAUUUUGGACCAAUUGCGCCUGAACCCUCCACCUCCUGUGGCCAUCCUUCCUUUGGGGACAGGAAAUGACCUUGCAAGAACACUGAACUGGGGUGGGGGUUACACAGAUGAGCCCUUGUCAAAGAUCCUGUCACAUGUAGAGGAGGGAGAGAUUGUGCAGCUGGACCGCUGGAAUCUACAGGUGGAGCCCAAUCCUGAGUCAAACCCUGAAGAGAAGGAUGAGACUGCUACAGAUAAGCUCCCUCUUGAUGUCUUCAACAAUUAUUUCAGCCUUGGUUUUGAUGCCCGGGUGACACUGGAAUUCCAUGAGUCCCGAGAAGCCAACCCAGAGAAAUUUAACAGCCGAUUUCGAAAUAAAAUGUUCUAUGCUGGGACAGCAUUCUCUGAUUUCCUCAUGGGGAGCUCCAAAGACUUAGCAAAACACAUCAAAGUGGUGUGUGAUGGGACAGACUUGACCCCCAAGAUCCAAGACCUGAAGCCUCAAUGCCUCGUCUUCCUAAACAUUCCAAGGUACUGUGCAGGCACCAUGCCUUGGGGCAACCCUGGAGAACACCAUGACUUUGAGCCCCAGCGCCAUGAUGAUGGCUGCCUUGAGGUCAUUGGCUUCACCAUGACAUCCCUGGCUGCACUGCAGGUGGGUGGCCAUGGAGAGCGAUUGCACCAGUGCCGGGAGGUGCUGCUCACCACAUCCAAGGCCAUCCCUAUGCAAGUGGAUGGAGAGCCCUGCAAGCUAGGGGCUUCCUGUAUUCGCAUUUCCCUGCGCAACCAGGCCAACAUGGUGCAGAAGACCAAGAGGCGCAACUCCAUGCCUCUGCUUAAUGAUCAGCAGCCAGUUCCAGAAAGGCUAAGAAUCCGCGUAAGCCGAAUUGGUAUGCACGACUAUGAAGCACUUCACUACGACAAGGAGAAGCUCAAGGAGGCCUCUGUGCCCCUGGGAAUAAUUGUUGUGCCAGGAGACAGUGACUUGGAGAUGUGCCGGACGCACAUUGAGAGGCUUCAGGAGGAUUUCCCCCCAUGCCCUUCUACUAUUCAGAGCCUGUUUCCUCAGGAAGGGGACGGAGCCAAACCAAAGACACUGUCGUGCCAGAAACUGUCCCCCAAGUGGUGUUUCCUGGACUCAACUACAGCAGAUCGGUUUUAUAGAAUAGAUCGUGCCCAGGAACAUCUCAACUAUGUGACGGAUAUCUCUCAGGAUGAGCUCUUUGUGUUGGACCCAGAGCUGGUGUGCACCCAGAUAGUGGGCACAUCUCCUGCCAUGCCUGACCUUGUUGAUGUGCCCUCAACACCUACAAGGCAACAUUUUGCUCUCCCAGCUUCACCAUCAUCCACACCAGUCUCCAGCUCAGAAAUGAGGAGCUGUAACUCCUUCAAAGAUGAUACUUUGAUAGACGCUGCCAAGAAUAAUGAUUUCCACAAGUUCAAAGAAUUGCACCAGGCUGGCAAGGACUUGAUGAUGCGCGAUCAAACAGGCCAAACUGUUCUACAUCAUGCAGUCAAAUCAGGGAGCAAAGAGAUUGUCAAAUACAUAAUUGAAAAUGCUCCUGUAGAAAUUCUGGAUAUGGCAGAAGAAGAAAAUGGUGAGACUGGUUUACACCAGGCUGCAGCCCUUCGCCAGCGCACCAUCUGCCAUUACAUUGUGGAGGCUGGGGCUUCAUUGAUGAAAACUGACCUGCAGGGAGACACGCCCAAGCACAGAGCCGAGAAAGCAAAUGAUCCUGACCUGGCUGCCUACCUCGAAAAUCGACAGCACUACCAGAUGAUCCAGCGGGAGGACCAGGAGACAGCUGUGUAGCACUCAGUGAGCCUUAUCCCAGCCCAGGGGAGCAGGAGCAGAGUUGCACAGGAACCUGGCCGGCCUUUCCUUGAAUUUCCAGCACGGAGAGUAUCAAGAGCUUUGUCUGGGCUAGGCCAAGGCACUGUUAUUUAUUAGUGUAGCAGGUGUUGAGCAGUCCUGACUCCACAUUCCCCACCACCACCACAUUCCAUGGGUGGGCUCUGCUGCCUGUUGAUCCCUUCCUGUCUGCCUCCAUGUCUUAUAGAGGAUUAUGUUGCUCCCCCAAAGCAUUGGGAAGGAAGAUCUUGUUCUCUUCCAACCGUUGUUGGAGCCUGUCUUGUGAUGCCCUACCACCUGAUAUGUAAAGUCGCCCAGGGGCAAGGUCUAGAGCUCUCUCAAGUCUCCUGUUGGUCAGUUCCACCUACUCCCACCCCCAUCCUGAUUCCCAGCAAUGGGUGCUGUCUUUCUCAAUAGUUUCAUUAGCAAUGCCCAUUGCCCUGGUAUAUCCUGUUACUGGAAAAUCACUGGCCCAGUUCUUGAGGCACAGCAGAAAAUAGGGUGGAAAUUCUGGCAGUGCAUUACAGCCCUGCCUCUGUUAUCCACACAUCACAGUGUUCAGUUGGUUGUGUGACUCUUGGGUGACAAUCACAUUGGCAAGCAGCCAGAGUACUCAAAGCAGGCCAUGGGACAGUCUUAACGAUUCCAAUGCAGCAUGGCCUCACCUGUUCCCCUUGGUUCAUCCUCCUUGCUAUUUGGAUCCUAUACUGUAUGCUCCCAUACUGUAAGGGGUGUUUAUUUAACAGGAUGAAAGUGCCUGGUCUGUCCAGGGAGGACCAUGACACAUAUGUACAUCCCUCCCUCCCUGCAAGUUAGAGCAAGCUGCUCCAAGCUGACUCUUGGGGCUGCUGCACCAGAAAUGUUGAGCAAAGUGCCUCCCCCAAUCUUUCCUCCUUCCCCAUUUUUGUCUUUUUGCCUCCAUUCUUACAUGCUGCUUUGUAGUCUCCCUUUCAUGCUCAGUCAUUUAGUAGAUAGCAGCUUGUUGUGAACGUGUACAAAAUGUGUUUAGAUUGCAUAGUAGUUUGCUGAGAGAGGUGCUCAAAUCUCAUCCAGAAUAGGCCACCAAUUCUUGUCACCAAUAGGAGCUAAAGGCUUUUGCUGGGGGUUCCCUUUUUAUAUAAGGUGAUAUAGUUCCUUCUAUCAUACACUGAGAUAAAGGCAACCGAGUGCAUCAGCCAGUGUUAAUAGCACACUGUAUCCAUUUAUCAAAGGGCCAGUAGCUAGAGGGUGCUAGUGGUACAGGAUGGCAAUUCAUUUUCUGAACAAGAAUAAUCUGCGGUUUUUCCUGGGUCCAGCCUAGGCAUGCAGAUACACACAUUCACCUUCCCAAUAAGUCCUACUGCUCAACUUACUCUGAGUUAUUGUAAGUUGGUAUUCAUACCAACAUGAUAUUCAGGGGCCUUGAGCACUAUUGCAAGCAUGUCCUGUUUCUCAUUCUAAGCAAUUUAUUUACCCAGGUCUCUCAGCAAUUUUUUCACUGGUUUUUUUUUAAAGACCAACAGCCUAAUGUUGGAGGAAUUCAUUCCUUGACAUGAUCAGGCAUGGGUAUUGGGAGUCUUACUUCCAACAUGGAGCCCUAUGUUUUCUCCAAAGUAUUUGGGAUCAGUUGCAUUUACCCAGUUGCACAUCACUAGCUGCAAUAAAGCUGAUUUGUCAUCCUUAAAAUAUAUUGAGCAGGUAAACAUCUGGGCUAGGGCUGGCUUCAUACGGAGCUGGAGCAACAGCCACAGAGUCCCAACUGACUUUUAAUUUGUAGUUUGCAAUCCUAUAAAUAGGAUCCAAUCAGAAGGUCGGGGUGAGAGCUCUAUUUUGUCUCAGGAAGAGCAGGCUGGCAAUGGAUGAACUUUGUUUCAUGUGAGUUUAAAACUCCAGUUUGUGGCAAGAUAACUUAAGUUCAUUGAGGCUACAAGCUGUGUUCUGAAACAUAGGCAACUGCCCAGCCAUGACUGAUAUUGCAGGUCAGGUGGAAGAGAAUGUCCAACAUCAUAGACAGUUGCAUAGGGCCCCACCACCAAGCUAUGUAAGGGCUCAUGCUUUGGUUUCUUAAAUUGUUAAAACUGAUCUUCUGUAGCAAGAUGUACAGGAGAGCCCCCUGGAAGCAUUUAUAUUCCAUGACCCUGCUGUCUCUUCUCCCCUCCUUUUAUAUGUCUUCUUAAACUUUGUACAGGUAGUUCAAAAGCACACUGUUCCCUCAUUUCCUCUGUAUGUGUGUUUGUGCACGCGUGCGUGUCCUAAGCCGAGUUGCUGUGCAAUUCAAAUCUUGGCUUAUUUUACUUCAUGGGGGAGGAAUGUGUUUAAGGGUGGAUUUUUUCCCGUGCAAUAUCUACUUCCUAUCUCCUAGAUUCAGAUUAUUAAGACACUUUUGACUGACUGUAUUUUUUGUAACUGUGUUGGAAGCUUGUGCUUCCGUUGGCUUUUCUCUGACAGUUUAAAUGUUUUGUUGGGUUUUGCCAUUAAAAUAUAAGGAUGAAUGAA